CUUUUGUCUGCCAAGCUAGAACAUGGCUUACUGCCCAAGUGGUAUUGAAUCACCAGUUUGCACGGUACAAUACAGUACAAUACAGCACUGUCGGCAGCCUAGUAGAGGAUCAUCAAAGGAUUAUCGUCUGACCUGAUUAAAACUGCCCUAAUCGAAGGUGGAAUCUCAUUGAAUACAUUAAUGUUGGCUGAAAAUGAAUCUGAAAAGUCAAAAUGGGUUAUUGCAUUAGGUGAACUUCACCGAAUAUUAAAACGAAAUAAUCUUCCAAAUACCGCUAUAUACAAAGUAAAUGAAAUAUUGGACAACACAUUGACAUUAAUACGAAAUUCCCUAUGCUGUGUUAUUACAUACCCGAACCAAAUUUUAUUGGGAUCUGAAGAUGGUCUGUUUUACUUAAAUUUAGAUCAAUAUGAAAUCGCUCGUAUAGGAGAAACGAAAAAAAUUCUUCAGCUAUGGUAUAUAGAGGAAGAGCAGAUUAUUGUUAUUCUUUGUGGAAAACAGCGCCAUUUAAGGCUUUUACCAAUAAGAGCUUUGGAAGCAAGUGAUGUUGAAUGGAUUAAAGUUGUUGAAUCAAAAAAUUGUAUAUCUUCAUGCACUGGAAUAAUACGCCGCUACCCACAUAUUGUGUAUUCAUUUAUAAUUGCUAUAAAAAGACCCAAUAAUCACACUCAAAUAAUUGUUUAUGAAAUUAAUAGAACACGUACAAGACACCAAAAAACAUGUGAAUUUACUAUUGGAUAUUUAGCACAACAUCUUCAAAUACUAUCGGACAUGCGGUUAGUUGUUGCACAUCAAAGUGGAUUCACAGCUUACUUUCUACGAGGAGAAGCAACAGCGAUGUCAUUGGUUCACCCCGAAAAUCAGCUAUGUGCAUUUCUCAACUACUCGGGAGUCGACGCAGUCCGAGUAAUUGAAAUUUUAAGCCCCAGCGGUGGAACCUUUGGAGAAUACUUAUUAGUAUUUCAGACACUAGCCAUUUAUGUGGACUUACAUGGACGCAAGUCUCGCGAUAGAGAAAUAAUGUACCCAGCCUUUCCCACUUAUAUAACAUAUUCUGAUGGACAUUUAUUGGUAUUUUCGGAAACUCAUUUGGAUAUUUUUAAUACACAAACCUCUGAAUGGGUUCAAUCUAUUGGAAUAAAACAAUCGCUUCCGCUAAACAAUAUAGGCAACGUAGUUUUAACAUCUAUUAAUGAUACGCCCGUAAUUGUUUACUUGGCUAAUAUUCACACAAAGGGACUAUUACAGCAUCGCGACAUUGACCGAAAGGGAGCCAAUAAUAUAAGGCGAAGAUUCUCUAUAAGAGAAAUAAAUAAAACUGUAAAAAG